AUGUCGUAAAUUACAUCUUCACUUCUAAAAGUAGUGAAUACUUAGAUUUAAGGUAUUGAAAUGAUAAAAGUUUAGAUCUUGAUUAGCAUAUUUAAAGAUAGGAGAAAAUAAUUACGGAUUAAGCAGAUGAAAUAAAGACUUUGAAAAAUAGAAUGAAUCAAAAGGAUAUAUUGAAUUAACCAAUAUUUGAUAAUGCAAUUGAUCAAUUAUUAGCAUUUCCUAAUUAACUUAAUACAUUAGGAUUAUAGAUUUAAGAAGAAUUUGAGAAGUUAAAAUAAUAAUUGUCAUAAAAGGAGCAAUAAUUAGAAUAAUUAAAGUAGGGUUCAGAUAAUUAAAGAAGAUCAUAUAAAGCAAAUACAUCAUAAGUUGAUGAAAUUAUAAAGUAACAUGAGGAGAUUGAUGAUAUUCUAAUUGAAUUAGAAAAGAAGCUUUAUGAUAAAAAACAAUAAAAGUAAGAGUUAGAAUAAAUAAUGGAUUCUUAUGAAGAUGAUGAAAAAAUCUUAAAAUAAUUAAAAUCAUAAAUGUCUGUAUUGAAUGAAUAAUUGAUAGUUGAAAAAGCAUAUAAUUAGGAUGUGAGACAUUAAUUAAAAAAGUUAUAAUAAGAGACUUAAAGUUUGAAUGAUGAUUUUGAAAAAAAAUAAGCAGAAAAAGUAGAAUUAGAAGAUUAAUUAGCUAAAACAAAAAGUUAAUUAGAAUAUUUAAAAUCCUAAAAUAUUAUAUUAGGGAUUGGAUCACCUUUAAAAGGUGAGACUGAUAAAUUAAUUGCUAUAGAUGAUUUGGUAAAAUAGAAUUAAGCAGUUGAUGAUUUAAUGAAUGAAUUAUAGAUAAAAUUAUUAGAGAAAUAGAAAGCAUAAAAUUAGAUUUUAGAAUAAUUAAGUUAAAAGGAUUUAUUUGAAAAUGAUUAAAAUUCAUCUACAUCUCUAAAACCUUCAAAUAUGUCUCCAAAGAAAGAAUUGAUAAGUCAAUUAGAGGUUGAAUAACAUGAAUGUGAGAUUAUUGAAUAGUAAUUAAAAUAAAAAUAAAUUGAAAUUUGUGAAUUAAGAGAGAAAUUAUAAAAGGAGAAGUAGGAAGUCUAUAAUUUAUAAAAUUAAUUAUAAGAAGAAAUAGAAGUUAAAGUUUCAGUUGAAUAAUAAUUAUAAGGUGUUUAAUUGAAAUAAAUUACAAUUUAACCAACAGUAACAUCUUAUAUUCAAGAUAUACCAACAAUCAAUAUAUUUGGUCCAUAAACAGAAUCAAUUCCUUAAGAUUAUUAAUUUUAGAUUGAUUAAUUGCAAGAAUUGAUAAAAUAAAAGGAAUCAUAAAUAGAAUUUUUGAAAUUCGAAAUUUAAUAAAAAGAUGAAAUUAUGAAUACAUCAUAGCAUACUUAUCUUAAAGAAUUGAGUGAAUAAAAUUAAGAUAUGGAAAAUAGAAUACAAGAUUUAAAAAAAUAAUUAACUUAUAAAAAAAAAAGAAGAGAUUAAUUAGAAUCUAUAGUAAAUGAGGAUCAAAAACCGAAAAGAAAAUCUUUUGUUUAAAGUUCAGAAUUGAUGGAAAUGCAAGAAUAAUUACAUGAAAAGAAUAUGAAUAUUGUUUUAUUAUAUGAAGAAAUAUCGAGGUUAUAAAAAUAACUGUAUGAUAAGGAAUAAGAAUUAUAAUAAAGAGAUGUUGAAUUAAGAUAUUAAGCAUUAAUGAAGACAAAUGAGGAUUAAUGUGAAAAAGCUGAUGAAUUAGUUAAAAAGAACUUAGCUAUGGAUGAAUUGAUUCAUUCAUUAGAAUUAAGAUUAGUAGAAAAAGAUUCUAAAUUAAAAGAAUUAGAAUAUUUGAAUACAUCAAAGAAUUUUGAAAUUGAAUCUAAUUAAAAUAAUAAUUCAUUUUAUAAAGAUAGAGAAAGCGUUAUAAGAGAUAGUGGAAUUAAUUCAUAUGAUUAAGAUUAGGAUAUUCAAUUUGUUUAAUAAUAGUAAAUUUUAGCUGGAUUCAAUAGUAGUUUAGAAUAAUUAAAGAGUAAAAUAGAAUGUUAGAAAUAUUAAUUAUAAGAAAAAGAUAAGAUUAUUGAAUAAUUGAAAUAAUAAUUAAGUGAUUUAAAAAGAAGUCAUUUUAAUUAAUAAAUAUUAGCUACUUAGGAUGUAUCAGUAAUAAAUAGAUAAAUUAAUGUUUUAUAGGAAUAGGCUGAUAAUUUAGUUAAAUAAAAUUUAGCUUUGGAAGAUGUUAUUCAUGAAUUAGAGUUCAAAUUAUAAGAAAAAAAGAAUAGAUAAGAAGAAAUUUAAAAAAUUAUCUAAGAUAUGAUGUAAGAAGAAAUUCAACAAAGAUAAAUUAAAUCUGAUGAAAUGGUAAAGUAGAAUUUAGAAUUAGAUGAAAAGAUCUAGUAAAUGGAAUCAAGAUUAAUAUAAAAACAACAAUAAUAUUAUGAAUUAGAAUAACGAUUAUCAUAACAUUAAAGAUCUAUGCCUUAACCUUUAUAAGUUUUCCAUGAGGAUCAAGAUAUCAUACAAGAUCAUAAUUCAAAUCUAUCAGAAUUGACAAUUCAAAUAGCUUAGAUAACAGAGUCUGUAAGAUAAUUAACCUAAGAUGAUAUAGAACUAGAAUUGUUAUUGAAAUAAAAGAAAGAAAAGUAAUCCUAAAUAGAAUAAUUGAAAUUAUUUAUUUAAUCAUCAACAGAUGUAUUAUAGGAUUUACAGAGUGAGCAAUAGCUUAAACAAGAAUAAGUAGAAAAAAUUAAAUCAGAAAAUAAAGAUAUUGAAUCAUUGGUAAAUGAAUUAUAGAACUAACAAAUUAAUUUAAUUGAAGAUGCCAGCAAAUCUUAAUAAAAUGUUCCAAAUUGGUUGAAUUAGAAUAUGGAGCAAUCGAAAAGAUUAAAUGAGCUUUAAUAAGGAUAAAAAAAGGUGAAAGAGCAAAUAAAAAAUUUAGAAUUAUUGAUUUUAGAUUUAUAAAUAGUGGUUAAGGAGAAAUAGGAUGAAUUAUAGCGUAUAGAGAAGGAGAAUUAUUAAUUAUCAGUUUUGACUAGAAAAUAGAAAUAGAAAAGAGAUUAUAUAUUAAGAGAAUAGAUGCCAUUAGGAGAGAAGGUAGGAUUACUUGAAUAAUAAGUAAAUGAUUUGUUAGCAUAAGAAAAGAGGUUAGAGCAAGAGUUGGCUCGAUUAUUUUAAGGAGCUGAAUCAGCAAAGUAAGUAAAAUAAACAAAAGAAUAAUAAAUAUCGGCUUUGAGUAUUGAGAGUUCAUAAUUAGAUCAAAAUAUAAUGUUAUUAAAAGAUGAUAUAGAAUAAGCAAAGAUAUUGGAACAAUAGUUGAUAGAAUAAUAGAAUUAAUAUAAAUAAAAGAAUGCUUUGAUUGAAUAGGAGAUAAAGAUAUAUACAGAAAUGAAUUUAGAUAGUGCAAAUAUUAAUAAAAAGAUUGAAGAUAUUACUCAUUAGAUUUCAGAGGAGAAGUAAUUACUAGAAUAGUUAAUUGAGGAAUUAUAAAUAUAGAAGGAGUAGGUUUUAUUGAUUUAACCUUAGAAGGAAGAGAUAUAAAGAUUGUAUUUAUCAUCAAGAUAACAAUACGAUUAGAAUGUAGAAGAUUUAUCUGAACUGUAGAAGUAAUAAUAAAAGGUUUAAGAUUAAAAGAAUCAGGUUAUGUAAGAAGUGAAUUACCUAAAAUUGUAUACAGAAAAUCAAGAGAAAUAAUUAAUUGAUUUAUAGAGUUUAAGAGCUAAAUUGGAAGAUAGUAUAAAAUAAGAAAAUACAUUGAAAAAUGCAAUAUAAGAUAAGGCUGAUCGUAUAUAGUAGGAGUUGGAUCGUAAUAAGUAGGCAAUUCAAAGUUAAAUUUAAAUAUUAGAGAGAUAGAAUAAAGAAAAAGAAUAGAGAGAAGAAUAGAUAAAGAGAAUAAGAUAGGAGAUUGAAGAGUAAAAGAAUAAUUUAAAUAAGUUGACAGAUUAAUAGAUGAAACAUUUACAUUAAUUAGAUUAAGUAGCAAAAUUAGAUAAAGAUAUGGAAAGAUUAAUGAAAGAGAUGUUUGAAAAGGAAGAAUAAGUAUAAUAGUAUUAAGGGUUAUUAUAUUAGAAAGAAUAAAAGAUUAAUGAAUAAAAAUAGAAAUUUAAUUAGUUGGAAGAUGAAUUAAAAUUUUAUUAGAGGGAAGAAGAAGAAAUUAAAAAGAGAAUAUCUGAAUAGGAUGAUAAAUUAAGUAAAUUUGAAAGAGAAUUUUAAACAAGAUCAGAAUUAAGGAGUAAAUUAGAAGAUGAUUUAGCAAAAGCAGAAAUGGAUUUAAGUAGUUUAGAAGAGAUGCUUAAAAAUAAGAAUGAAGAAUUAAAACAUUUUAAUUAGUAAAAAGAAGAAUUAAUCUAAUAUAAAUAAUAAUAUUCGGAAAUUUUAACAGAAAUAAGAUUAAAAUAAGAAUAAAUCUAAGAAUUUGAGAAAUAAAGAUCUAAAUUAUCAGGAGAAAUUAAGAAAGAAUAAGAUUAAUUAACUGAAAUUAAUGAAGAAAUAUAUCAUACAAAAGUAAAAGAAGAAGAAAUGAAUUAUUAAAUAAAAUAGAAAUUAAAAGAUUUAGAUUAAUUAAAUGAUUAAUUUAGAAAAUUAGAUGAUGAUACAAAAAUGUUAGAAGCUGUAAUCUAAUUAAAAGAAAAAGAAUUAAAAUAAUAUUAAGAAAAGAAAGAAAGUUUGAAAAAGGAUUUAGAAUUAACAAAUUUAUAAGUAGUAGAAGUAAAGAAAUAAUUAAAUAAAAAGAAAUAAUAGAAAUCAACAAUAGCUGAAUCAAAUGAAGUAGAAGUAUAUGAAGAUUUAUUAUCAUAAUAAAUAAGUUCAUUAAAUUCUAGAAAUCUAAAUUUAAAAGAUGAUUUAUAAAAAUUGGUUUAAUCAUAAAGUUAACCUAUAUUUUAAACUAUAUAAUAGAUUGAAGGAACUAAAACAUAAUUAGAAGAAUUAUAAUCUACGAUUAAAGAAAAAGAUAAGAAAUUAGAUAUAUUAGAAUAAUAAUUAUAAUAAUUAUCUAUGCAACAAUCAAGAGUAACUUUAUAACCUAGUUUUUAUUUUGAUGAUGAUCCAUUAUUAUUAGAAUUGUAAGAUAAAUUUACUAAAGAAAGUGAAAUGUUGGAUGAUCUAUAAUAGAAAUUAAAGAGAACAGCUGAAAGACAUCAUGAAUUAGCAGUUAAAUUAUAAGAAUGGGCAGAAAAAGAACAUAAAUUAGCUGUAGAAUUAGAUUAAAGGAGAUAAUGUGUAGAAAAAAUAGAAAAGGAAUUGGAAACAUUAUUUUAAAAAUAAUCUGAUUUAGAAAAUGAUAAGGUUAACAUUUUAUAAAAGAUGUAUUAAUUAGAAUUGGAUAAUUAAGAGUUAAAUGAAUAAGAGAUUAUAUCUAGAAAUAGAAUUAAAGAAAAAAAAGAUUAUGUUUAAGUUUUAUUUAGGAACUUAGCUGAAAUGGAUGAAAAAUUAUUAUAAUUAAGAAAUAGAAUGGCUAUUUAUAGUAGAGAAGGAAGAUAAUUAACAGAGUUAGUAGAAAAUUUAGAAUAUGAAAAGGAAGUUAAAUAAGAGAAUAUGUAAUUGAUUUAAGAGGAAUUAGAGAGUUUAGAAUUAGAAAAAGGAGAAAAAUAAAAUAUGAUUGUUUAGAUUAAAAAAGAAAUAUAAGAAGAAAAUAUAGAGAAGGAUAGAUUGGAAAUAUAAUAUGCUUUAACACAUAGUAAAAAUUAAUAACUUAAAUAAUUUAUUGGAAUUGAAGAAGCUCUUUAUAAGAAAUUAUAGACUGAACUUGAAAUUCAAUAGAAAAGAGAUUAGAGUAAAUAUGAAAAUAUAUUUGUUUGCAAUAGCACAUAAACUUAUUAUGAAAUUGAUUAAAUUGAAGUUUUGAUUGAUAAUUUAGUUGCAUAAACAAUUUAAAAAAAAGAAGUAUAAAAAUUAAAAUCAGAAUGCAAUUUAGAAAUAUAAAAGUUGUUUGAAUAAGUUAAAUCUUAUAUUUAGGAUAAUGUAAAUGUGAGAAAUUUAAUUUAAUUUUAAUAAAUUUUAAUUUAGGUUUUAGAAAGUGAAAGCAAUCUAAUAUCAGAUUAGAUACAAUCAAAUAGAUCUUUAAAGAUAUAAUCAGAAGAAUAAAAUAUAUUUAUAUUAGAAUAAGUAAAUAUACUUAAAAUAAUUAAGAUUGAUCCAAUGAUGAAUUCUUCUUCAAUGAUAGAAUUAUCAAUAAAUGAACAUAGUUUAAAUAUAGGAGAUAAGAAAAUAGCUAGAUAAUGGAUAGUUGAUAAAUAUUUUGAUUACAAUCAUCAAAUAUAUCCAUUAGGAAUAUUGUAUAUUGUUUACAAAGUAAUAUAUAUAUUCUUAUAUAGGUAUCUUUAUUUUAAGUGAUAACUUUAGCAUUGACAGGUACUAAGAUAAUCUAAUUAUAUUCUUAAAUUUGA